AUGAUAGUGGUUCCAAAACCAAACCCCUCAUUAACAGCGCCAGAACCUGAACAUUGUCCAGGUCCUGAGUCGGAGAAUGCAGGAAAGGAAGAGUCUUGUGCAGGAUGUGCCAACCAAUCAAUAUGCUCAUCUCAAAUUCCCAAAGGUCCUGACCCCGAUGUAGACUUCAUAAAUGACCGUUUGAGCAAUAUAACGCACAAGAUACUGGUUCUAAGUGGUAAAGGCGGUGUGGGCAAGUCAACAUUUAGUAGCAUCCUUUCGUGGGCGUUAGCCGCAGAUGAAGAUUUAGAAGUUGGCGUAAUGGAUCUGGAUAUUUGUGGCCCUUCUUUGCCGAAAAUGCUGGGCUCAGAACUAGAAUCUGUUCAUUCGUCAAACUCUGGGUGGUCGCCUGUAUACGUGACCGAAAACUUGGGUAUGAUGAGUGUCGGUUUUAUGUUACCUGACCAAGAUUCGGCGGUCAUAUGGAGAGGUGCCAAGAAAAAUGGUUUGAUUAAACAGUUCCUAAAAGAUGUUAACUGGGGAAAACUGGAUUAUUUGAUCGUUGACACGCCACCUGGAACAUCAGACGAGCACUUAUCUGUUACAACUUAUAUGAAGGAAUCCGGAAUUGAUGGUGCAUUGAUAGUAACCACACCUCAGGAGGUUGCGUUACUAGAUGUACGAAAAGAGAUCGAUUUCUGCAAGAAGGCCAACAUCAAAAUUCUUGGUAUUGUUGAAAAUAUGAGUGGAUUUAUUUGUCCCGGUUGCAAGAAUGAAUUUCAAAUAUUUAAGCCUACUACUGGAGGAGGCAAAGCUCUUGCAGAUGAACUUGGCUUGCCGUUCUUGGGUUCUGUUCCGUUGGACCCUCGCAUUGGAAAGUCGGCAGACAAUGGAGAGUCUUUCUUAGAUCUCUAUCCUGAUUCUCCUGCUUCAACUGCAAUAUUAGACGUAGUGGAUGCCUUGCGAGAUUCAGUCGAAGGGUCAUAA